UGUGAUGCAUAUUGAAAAAAAUGUUUGUGAUAACAUUGUUGGGACAUUAUUAAAUUUAGAAAGAAAAUCAAAGGAUAAUGAUAAGGCCCGUUAUGAUCUUAUACACAUGAAUAUAAGAAGUCAACUGCACCCGAGGAUGCAUCAAAGUAAUGGUAGAAAGUAUUUGCCUAGAGCUUGUUACCAAAUGACAUCAAAUGAAAAAGAAUCUUUCUUGGAAGUUCUAAAGAAUAUGAAAUCUUCUGAUGAGUGUGUUUCUAGUAUUCCAUGAUGCGUGCAAGUGAAACAACGCAAGAUAUUUGGUCUCAAAAGUUAUGAUUGUCAUCUCUUAAUGCAAGAGUUUCUUCCUAUUGCUAUGAAAGGUUGUUUGCCCAACAAAGUGAGUAAAGUGAUUAGCGAUCUUUGUCGUUUCUUCAAAGAACUAUGUGGUAAAGUGCUUAGUGAGCAUAAUUUGGAGCACUUGGAGAAACGAAUAGCAAAAACGUUGUGCCAGUUAGAAAAGAUUUUCCCUCCAUCUUUCUUCACUAUAAUGGUGCAUUUGGUAAUCCAUUUGGCAUAUGAGGCAAAAAUUUCUGGACCAGUUCAUUAUCGAUGGAUGUAUCCAAUUGAAAGGUUCCUUUUUACUCUAAAGUCAUUUGUUCGUAAUCGAGCACGCCCUGAAAGGUCUAUUGCAGAGGGUUAUUUAGCUAAUGAAUGUUUGAUAUUUUGUUCACGAUAUCUCUCUACGGUGGAAACACGAUUUACUCGACCUUGUCGAAAUGAUGAUUCCUCCUUUGUAGAAAAUGCAAAUGUGUUUAAUCCUAGAGGUAGACCAUUGGGGAGAAAAAACCAUGUUGGGUUUACAGUGAAGAAAAGGAAAAGAGUUUCUCGAGUUUCUCUUGAUAAAAAAACAUUGCUACAAGCACAUAGAUAUGUGCUUUUCAACAACACUAAUGUUGACCCCUUUCAAAGGUAAAAAUGUUUAGUUUGAUAUUCUUUUUGAAGUUUAAUGUCUCUAAUUUUGUAUUUGUA